AUGCAUAAGUCUGAACAGUACGAUCUCUUGCUAGGAGCAAAAAUGUUAGGAGAGACACAGUCGGAAGAUACAGCAAAACAUAAACAAAUAGCUGGUGGGUUAGAUCGAGCACAACGUACUGGAUAUGGUGUUGAUUUAACCAUUGAAGAUAAUACAUUACAGACAAUACCAAAGAUAAAACAACAACAUAAGGUCGUGAAGAUAUGUUUGACAUCAAAUGAACAAAUAUUAAAUUUAUUAGUAUUAGUAUUUCGUUGUUCUUUUUCUUUUUUACGGUUCUUAUGUUUUGGUAUGAAGCAGAAUAUAUAUAUAUACAAAAGUUGA